CAUGACAACCAGUAAACAACGGCCGCCUUCUCUGAGCUAAAGAGGAUGAGUGUACGCACCUACAAUCCUAGCGUCCGCGUUGGGAACUGGAAUGAAGAUCUGUGCCUAGAAGAGGAGCAACUGAAGGACUUUCUGGAGAAGAAAGACAGGGGAGAGCUGACGGUGCAGAAAAAGACAAAUUUCCUCAAGACUAUCCUCAGAAAUGUUGAACUGUCUAAACCCAGUGACGGUUACCUCCAUAUCGGUGACAGAGUCUGUCUGCUGCACACGCCGACUAAGACGGUGGUGUCCGCCCAUGUCACAUCGGCCAGGGCCUUUGACGCCACUAGACUGGAGAGCGGAUGUGGUUAUGGUGAAUCAGAGGCAAAAGAGGGUGAAGUAGUGUGCUACGGCCAACCAGUGGCUCUUGUGACACUUCCCGACGAAGGUGGACAGCUUGGUCUGCACAGUGAUAGAGCCACAUUCACCAAACACUCGCGGUUCUCUCGAGAGCAGGAGGUUCUACUCGAGGAAGACAUCAGCUACAACUCUGCUUGGAAGUUUAUAUGUUUCAGUCAAGAUGAAAGGCUUGAAACAGAAGGAACUCCUGUACCCGUGAGUAGGCUUGAACGUGGUUUACAUUAUACCCAUGGUGUACGUACGUAUGCACCCUUUCUUUCCACUGCUGUGUAUAUACAUACAUUACAAAGGCCAAUACCCAGAGUGUUCCUCAACCACUGCAAGACAAACCACAACCUGGCAGUACACGAAGAGUGGACUUACAAGACUCCAUUUGGAAGAGAGCUAGAGGUGACAGGACACACCCACCUCAACACACACAAGGCAGAGGACGUCCACAACCAUUUCAUGGUGGUCACAGGCAGUCUGGAGGACGCAGUCGCCUCGCUCUCUCCCUCUUCUUGAGAUCUUUACUCCGUAACCUCUUCCAACAUUGUAUACUAGUGUACUUGGCUACAGUAUAUAUAUGCUACGGGAAUUGUGUUCUAUUUUCAUUCUGUAAAGAGCCACAUUGUACAACAUAACACUACUGUUGCAUGCUGCAUUAGAAAAAAACAUAAAAGUUAUAAUGAAUCACUGCUGCAUUGGUAUAUAUUCCAAAAACAUAAGUAUGUCUUUUAAGAUGGUUUAUCUUGAAUGGAGCACUGUGAUAGAGAAAGCAGAGGUGAAUAAUGUUAUAGAAUGCGGGGUUUCUUAUAUAUAACAUACCUUCUUCUUCUUUGGACAGUAGCAACAUGCCCUACAGAGGAAAUUGUAAGGUUGGGAUGACGUGAUAUUAUAGGUGGACAGAGAAAGAGUGGGAGCGAGAUAAUAACAACGAAAGGUUGAAGGGGAAAAGAAUAAAGUUUUAAGCGAGAGAGGCGGGAAAGACGAAAGGUUGAAUUUAGCAAAA